GUCUUAAAAUGGGACAAAGUGACACAGAAAGUACCUCUUCAUCCAUGAGAGGAAAUCCAGGGUCUCCACGAGACAUUUCUGUUCUCCUAGAUGAACCUAAUAUUGACAUUCCAAGCUUCCAUCACCUAGCUCCAAUAUCACCAUCAGCAUCGACCUCAUCAAGUGAAACCAGUGAUCUUGAUAGCUCAGUUAUAAUAACAAACCAAACUCCCAAACGCCCAGAGAUUCCUGUCAUUGAUCUCACAUCACCUGAUGGGGAGGGAGAAGAAGGCGCGGCAAGAGUACAGGGUGGGGCAGCAGCGGCAGUACCUGCACCUUGGUAAGAACAAAGCUACAUGUAUAUUAGGUCACAAUGGCUUGAUGCAAUGCUGGAAAGCUGCUUAAUAAUUGCUGUUGAGAAUAAAAUUUAGACAGUUUAGAGUGGCAUGCAUCCACUCCAUACAUGUGACGUGAGCAGGGAUGUUACCAAGAACUGGCUACCGGAUAUUGCUAAAAGUGACCCUACCACUGCUUCAAAUUGCCUUGGAAAUUGUUUCAUAGUACAAUAUACAAUGAUCUUGUGUACUUAAUGUGUGAUUCACGGAACACAUGUAUGUAACUUUGACUGAUAGAGUGUAACUAUCAGUAAACUCGUUUGGUUUGACGUUCACGUAAGUAUACUGUUUAAGGCAACAAAAAUUGCGUUGAUAAUGUUGCUGUGCAUUUGAACCAGCCCUAAAGUUGUCAGUCAAAAUUCUCUAGUAUUAAGUUCUAUUUUCCUUUUUUGUUCAGUCUAUUGAUCCUUCUCCUUCCCUUUCUUUCAGUGAGGACUUUGCUCAGUUUGCUCAAAAUUUCCGUUGGCGCCUACAAGCUCGUGAUCCCCGAGGUCAGCGUAUAGCUUUAAAUGAAAGCCGUUUACGUGCACGUCGAUUACGAGGAAGGCAUACCCCUUAUUCAAGUUUAUGGGACAGAGGUCCUUCACCUGGACCAAGACACGAAGCACUACUAGCUGAAUUUGCUGACAUUGCACCAAGGCCAAGUCUCUCUGGUGAUAGUGCUUCUCCUAUUGUCAUAGAUGAUGAGGUAAAAAAGGAUGUUCAUAAUUUUAUUUUGAAACUGAUACACUGUUCUGGGGAUUUACAUGUAAAUUACCUAUAGGGCUGCCACUAAGAUUUCAAGUUGCCAGGCAUUAUACAUGUCAAUAUUAGGAAGCAGGGAAAAGCAGGGCACAAAAAAAACUUGAAGUCCAGCUUGUCCUUUUGUCAAGUAGCUCUCACAUUUUGCUUGCGUCAGGCGACUUGUUGCUCAUCUUACAGGGUUCGUACGCAUCCUUUUUCAAGGCCUAGAAAGUCCUUGAAAUUCUCCUUCAUUCAUUUUGGUCCUUCAAAGUCCUUGAAUUUUGAUCGAGGAACAUUUUCAAACCUCCAAGAAACUUUGGAAAAUGCUAGUUUGAAGCCAACAGAAUAAAAUCAGCAUUGAGAAAAUGAAAGUAAGGUACGGACUCUCAAACAAAUUUUCAUAAAAAUGGUUGCCCUUGAAACAAAAGCCCAUUAUUAUCAGGUAAUAUUCAUAGUUUAUUUGGAAUGUCUGUGAAAAGUAACAAAUUAGGUCCUUGAAAUUUAAAUAUUUUAUUGUGGUUCUUGAAAGUCCUUCAAUUUUAUACAGAAAGAAGUGUACGAACCCUGGUCUUAGUUAAUGAUUUUGUUAGAGGAUGACCCUUAACUUGCCCAUUGGGCAAGAAACCUUUAAAAGUUACUUGCCCAGCAAGAAAAUUUACUUGUCACAGACUACCAGAUGGGACUAUUCGAGCCCUGAAUUGAAUAACUAGGAAGUUCUUUCGGUUCUUUCUUUCAUUUUGCUUCCUUCGAAAGUAGCCAGGGUUCAUGCUUAUAAAGUGCAGGGGGGCAACAUAAGUACAAUCUGAUAGCAUGGCACUGGUGGAGCAAGCCAUCAGGCUAGCGUAUUUUAGUUAUGAGUUGACUGACUGUGACAUUUGUGUGCUACACCGUUAAAUAAAUAGUCACCAAUUGAAAUCAUUUCUGAAAAAAUUCAAACUUUUCUUGUGGUCACAAAUCAAACUUUCCCGUUGUGUCACGGGGUGGGUUAUAAUUUAUUUUCGGUGUAUUGCAUGUACCCCAAAACAGUCAAAACUUCCAAUGGAAACAAAUGGCAGUUUUGCAGAAAAAAAAAAACAACAAUAAAAAGACUGCAACCACGUGCUCUCUCUAGACAGCUAUUUUUACUAGAUCUGAGUCCCAAUACUCAUGCUAUUAAUUUGUAACAAUGAAAAUAGUUUUAGUUGUGUAUGUAAGGUACUUACACAUAAGGUGUCCAAUAUUAUAGUGGUCUGUUCUGAGAGUUGACAGUACAGCUGUACAUGUUCUUUAACAGUAAUUUUAGUAUUUUACAGUGGCAGGUUUUUGUAUUUUUAACAUUUGGUUUUGGAAAUAAAAAGUGUUAAUCACCAUGGCCACUUUUUAAGUUAUUAUGUGCUAUUCUAUUGUUUUGUAGCGAUCUCCUUUUGCUCAACACCACGUCCCUCCAAAUGAUGCUUCCAGCUGGUUUCUGUCUGAUAGGCAACACCGCAUGGAACGGUUUCGUCGUCGCCUCAGUGCUUCCCGGCAAGCUGCAGGAAGGUGCUUCCUUCAAUCAGAUGAAGCUCUUGCUCACAGACUUCAACAAGUAAUUGACUUGUUAUUUAUAUUUAAUUUAUUGUUAACUCUCUUGUUGAGUAACAAAGGACAUAAAUUUACAUAGUUAUGCUUUGAAAAGAAUGAUAAUUAAACAAUGAAGUUCACUAAUCUUUGCAUUUGAGGACCUAAUUAUUUACAGACUAAAGACACUGAAUAGCAAUUUAAAGUAGUCCUUAAAAGUUUUCAUUGAAAUAGUCACACCGCAGGAUGUUUUCACACCGAUAAACUUGAAGGAAAAAGUGAAGAACAGCUCCCCCAAAAAACUGUUGACUGACUAUCAGCCAACUGUUGGCCGGCAGUUUGUCAACAGUUGGCUGACAGUUGGCCAACAGUCAGUGUUAGAGUGAUCUUGUACAGCUUAAAACAGUAGUAAGUACAAAGCAGAUCUUUGCAGUUCAAGAUGCAACUGCAUUUGCAAGGUUUUUCUUUGAAUUAUUGUACUUCUUCAUUCCACAGUUCCUGUAUAAUUGUGAAAUUCAUUUAUUCGUUAUUUCAUUAUCAAACAGUAGUUGCAUAAAACAAAUCACAUGGUUUAAGAAUCACUAUACUCUUAUGUUGGCCCAUCACAGUUUCAUAACUUUUUUUUAUUUUCCUUUUUAGGCUGAAUAUGCUCAAGAAGUAGAAGAGCAUAAUCAAAGUAUUAGAGAUGCAACUCAACCCGCUGCAGCCAGAGCUGGAGCAUUGCAUGCUUUUCCAACUACAAUGGUAAAUACAGUACACUAUAAAAACUUACUUUUGUAUUUUCUUCUUUACUUGUACACUACAGCUGUAUGUGUUCAAUGAUCUAACUUUUACAUGUAAUGCAUUCUUUUCCAAGCUUUUUGCUCAGUUGUACAUGUAUGUUAACUAUCAUCCCUAGAACCCCAAGAUCAAUAUUCAAAAUUUAAAAAAAGUGAUUUUUUGGUGAAAUACAUAUAGUAUUUACUCAAUUGAGUGCUGAGGCACUUUUUAAAUUUUUGGCACCUCCAGUGCUGUGCUUAGUCUAGGGUAGCACUUAUUUGAGGGCAGCAUUUAUCUGAAAUUUGGAUGCAACAAAGAAUCGUAUUAACUUCGGUAUUAUUAUAUUGCGUAGCAAGCUAACAGAAUUAACAUCUCUAGAUUUUGAUUAUAUCAGGGCCAUGUCGCUUAUUUGGGGACAGUGCUUGUCUUCUUUUUUUCUCCCAAUUGAAGCACUAACCCCUGGUCAAGGGCAGCUCUUAAUUUGGGGCAGUGCUUGUAGCAAUUAUUGAACUUCCUUUGUAAGACAAUCCUCUAUUAUAGAAAGCUGUAACAAACUUAACACAAUCACUUCAAAAUAACUAUUAAGACACAGCUCUAUUGCAGACAGUUAUGCAAGCCCCAAAGAUACUACACAAGCCUUACCUGUAUAAUCUGGACACUCAGCUUUAUUAUGGACAGGCGUCACAUUCAAAUGACCCCUGUCUUUAAUAAGAACAACUCUGAAAUGCAUACAUUUACAGUGUAUAUGAUGUACUUUUCUCUACCACAGCUAAGUUCUGAAAGCACUUCAAAAUAACUAUUAAGACACAGCUCUAUUACAGACAGUUGUGUAAGCCCCAAAGAUAAUAAACAGGCCUUUCCUCUAUAAUAUGGACACCUAGCUUUACUGUGAACAAGUGUCACAGUCAAAUGCCAUCAAUCUUUAUCUUAUUCCACCUUUUUAAUAAGAACACCAAGGGAAUGCAUACAUACGCAGGCCUGUGCCCUAGGAGAGCUUGGUGGCCCCCUGGUGCCUAACUUUUGCUGCUAGGCGACUGUAAAAUCUUUGCUUUUUAAUACAAAUCAUAUGCAGAGCACUCCUACUAAGACUUUAGUUCAGAGCACUGGGCUCCCCUCAUUCUUCUUUGGAGCACAUCCUUAAAUGUAUGUGAUUUAGCCCUUUCACUGCCAAAUAUAAAAGUAAAUUUCAACCAAAUAUCCAAAUUUCAUUUUAUUAAAAACAUUAAUAGCACCAUGUAAAAGUACAGGCAGAGAGGUUUCAUAUGAACGGUCACACCUUAGGAUUUCGUCCACAGACUCAGAAUUUAGAGACACCUUAAAAUCUCCAUCAAGAACUUUGGCAGUGAAAGGGUUAAGACAUAAGGGUACUAAACAAGCCUCAAAUGACACCUACAGUGUAUCUUUAUCUUACUUCAUCCUUUUAGUAAGAACACCUCUGAAACGCAUGCAGACAUGACAUGAAUUUAUGCUUUUUUUGUAGCAUCAGCCAUCACCAUUGCAGGUGAGACGUAGGCGUCCAUUCCAUGCGCCGUUUGCAAGUCAAGGAUUACCAGAACUUUUGCUUCCUUUUGUGUAAGUUCCUUUUUAAAGUUUGUCACAAACACUAAAUGAUCCACACUGUUGCACAAUUAUUGCUUUGUUGACUUUUCUUUUGAUUUGUUAGUACAGUGGUACAUGGUACUAUGUUUUUAUUUUGCACAAAGGGGAAUUCACUAAUAAUAAGUAAUUAUUUUCAAUUAUUAAUAUUUAAAUGUGGCUGAACGAAAUUUAGUCAAAUUAAACUCAAGACAUGGCUGUCAAGCUGUGUCUUGUCGGAGAUACGCCUUAAUCACGUCGCAGGAGCUCAAAGAUCUUGAGGUCCCAGGCCAUUACACUGGUGUGUUAUUACCUGUCAUGGUUUGUGCCUACAAAUGUUUUUCAGCCCCCUCCCCCCCCCCCCCCCCCUGUAGUAAGUAUAUGAUAACUAUGUUGGGUUCCACUGGUUAGCAGUGUGACAGUACCUGGGUGGAUGCCACUCUCAGAGUUGUCAAGGCUAUGCUUUACUCUCAGCUAUAGUUCUGGGCCCUACUAGCAUCACAGCCACCUUCCCCAUGCCCAUCUAUGUUGAUGAGUUUAAUAUUAAAGAAUAAGAAAUUAAUGUUUAAUAUAUAAUAAUUUAUAAUUAGUUAUUUUGAUUCAAGGUAUUUCUUGAAAUGAAGGCAGUGUUAAUUAUUAAAAUAUCUGCAUUGAUUUUCUAGAUCCGUUGUGUCUUUCCCCCCUCCUCCGCUUCAUCACUAUGGCGAUUCAAGCCCAGGGCACUCAAAUGAAGGAGAGGAUUAUGAGGUAAAAGAAACAACAUCAAUAACUUAUGAAAAAAAUAAAGUGUAAUGUGAGUUGAUGGUUGCUGCUUAUAAACAGAAAAUGUAUUCUGGUUGUUAUAAAAAGUUUCAAGAUAAAUAUCCAGUCUGAAAAAAAGAAUGCCUUUCUUGUGGGUUUACAUUGAGUCAUUUUGAAAACAUAUGAUACUUAUGUAAUAUAAUAUAUUUUGUGCAAAGAUUCACAAAAAAACCUUAAGAGGAAUUUUAAGAUGUCUUGAAAUUUUCAUGCUUGAACCAAAGGCUGGUAUGCGCAGUGCAAAACCAGCUAAUCGCCUUGAAAAACCAGGUUUUCUGAGAGAGCUUGGGACAGAAUUAUUUUUAAGUUCUUAUGUCUUGUAUCUCUUGCAGGCUCUAUGGAAUCUUAGUGAAAGGAUAGGAUUAGCUAAGGCUCGCGGACUCAGCAAGGAAGGUAUGUGUCAUUUCAGUCGUUGUAUUCUCUAUACAUAUAGAGUUGGACUAAAUGUCGCUGAUGGAAGAGAAACCCUGAUAUCCGCAUACAAAUUCUCCAGACUGGUAUGUAUACGUUACUUCAAAGAACUAGUCAGGAGAAUUUGGUUAAAAAUCAAAGCUUUUGUCCUCAGGUGAUCCCCUAACACUUUCACUGUCAGAGUGCUUUAUGGAGUUUUGUAAGGUGACUGUAACUUUUGAGUCUGUGGACGAAAUCCUAUGAUGUGACCAUUCAAAUGAAAGCUCUCUGCCUGUACUUACACAUGGUGCUAUUUUUUAAUCAACAUUUCACAAAAAUAUGAAAUUUGGACAUUUGGUUGAAAUUUGCUUUUGGCUAAAUUUGGCAGUGAAAGGGUUAAUCAAUUCUCAUAGCCUUUUCUCUUGAUUGUAUGUGGAUACUGUUGGGAGAAAAUUGACGUUGAUCACUCUUGGGACGUAAGGGGUUAAGGUUUGAAAACAUAAAUUGCAGAAACCUAAAUUUUUCACCUGAUUUUUGUUUCAGUGAUAGACAGCAUCCCAUCGUUCCGCUACAGUGCCAGCUCAAAAGAUUCCUCGAACGGUAACUGCGUGGUUUGUAUGAGUAAUUACAUCAACAGGGAAAAACUGCGGCGGUUACCUUGUAAUCAUGACUUCCACGCCAAGUGCAUUGAUCGCUGGCUAAAGGUGAGGUCAUUUUUUAAUAAAUAUUAUCUUAUAACAAGAAAAAGAAAGUUGCCAAAAAUAGCAGGAGCGCAGAAACAAAACUCCAGUCGACUCCCGAUAACUGGAAUCCCUACUAAACCGGACAAAAAUCGAAUUCACCCAAGCUAACUCUUUGGUUUAAAGGCUCGGGAUCAUAAUGCGACCAUGCUUUUAAAACAACCAAAUUUUCAUUUCCUGGUGUACUAAUUCAUAUUAUUAUUACUAUUAUUAUUAUUUUCAGAAUAAUCGCACUUGCCCAGUAUGUAGAGAAGAAAUCAUAGAGUCUUGAUGAUGGCGCUGUGUUUUUUAGACAAGCAUUAGUUGUAAAUCAGUAGAAUUUGUGGUGUUUAGAAGCCUUAUUUGUUAGUUACUCUGCACUGAAUUUAUGUUCUGUGUCUAAGGGAGGCUAUCUUUUAUCAGGCAUAUUUUUUUCAGUUAGGCUUAGGAAAACAAUUUAUUUGGAGCAUUUAUAGAAUUAUCAUCGAUUCCCAGCUAAUGCUUGCAUGUAGCUCCUUUAAAAACCUCACUCGUCGAUUCAGCAUUUUACUAGUUUCAAGUUGAUUGUGACUUCAGGUUUCUGCUGAGGGACUGGAAGUGAACUAAUUUAUGGUUAUGUUUAAAGAUCUUUAUAGGAGUUCAAUAUUCUAGGUUUCAGUCUAAAACAUUCUAAACGUGAGUUUGUUACAUCCAUUCAAGACACAAACGUUUCAGUUUGUCAUAAAGGAACGUAUAACAGGCGUUUUGGGCGUGAAUCACCAAUUUGUGAGACUGCGUGGAGAAGCUAUGUCAUUCUAGUUAGGGCAAAUUUGCUAUACCCUCUCUAUUAGAAAAAGUGGGUUUGAAAUAUUAUUACUUUUAAUGCAGCUACAUCUUUUAAAAAGAAAUUUGUUUAUCGUAAUCAUAUGACAAAAAAAUACUUUUUUUGUUACCUUCCUCGCUGUUUUUGUUACAAAAUCUCGAUAAGCAUGACCUAAAAUUAAAUAUCCUUAAAUUUGACGUUGAAUGCAAGUGCUUUUUUCGGCCUUAGAAGGUUUUUUUGUUCAUGGCCAAUCUGGACUUCACCAUAUCGCUUUGAAUUGCAAUGUGUAAUGGACAUUGCUUUUACGCACACUGUCACCCAAUAAAUUCAAUAGAAAAUCAUUUUGAAAAUUUACCAGGCAGGGGACUUUCAUAUAAAUAGUUAAGGAGUAACUUUGAAAUUGUAUCAUCUAGGGAGUUAAAGAGCUUUCGCUGUGUAUACACUGAGGAG